AUGGCUAUUUCUGAGACUAGAUUGUUAGCUGCAAAAAGAAUUUGUAAAUCUGUUAAUGCUGCUGAAAUAGAUCCUCGUAUUGAUAAUUACUUGAUUUAUAUAAAAGGAAAAUUAAUUACAAUUAACCUUUUAUUUGAUUUAAAAAUUUAAUUGAAUGUUAGUAAUUGCAUAAAAUUGAGAAGAAAGGUAGGAAUAUAUUAAUGGAUAUAAAAAUCGAGAAAGGAAGGAAGUAACAAUGAUAAAAGAACUGUUUAUUAUUAUGAAAGUGAAUGAAGUUUCUUAUCCUAAUUAUGAAAACAGAAGAAAAGAUUUGGCAAUUUAAGAAUAAGAACAAAAAGCAGAAAAUCUCGCGUAUAAAUUAACAGAUUAUCUUAAAAGCAAGGCGGUCGAUUACAAUUAAGUUGAAUGUAUAUAACAAUAACAUUGUGAAGCAACAAAAUGGAUUUUUUAUAAUAAGAUAAGUAUUAAAUUAACAUAAACAUAGAUAUUAAGAUAGUAUAUAUAUUUAAUUUAGAAAAUCUGAAAAUUAAUAAUCAAUAGGGGAUUAAAGAGUUCUAUUUGAAAAGUUUCUUGCAAUUAUGAUGCCAUUAUAGCUAGAUAACACAAGGAAUCAUUCAAACCAUAUUUAUUAAAUGAUUCAUAUUUAGAGGAAGUAAACUCCGAUUAUGCUAAACAUCCAGAUAUGUUGAAGAGUUUGAACAGAUUUCAUGAAUUGAGUGAUGAAGAAUAACCACUUAAUUAAAUUAAUCCAUCUAAAGAGGUUGAAUCUAAGAUUUUCAAAUCUUUUAAUGCUCCUUUGAAAAAUAUCAAUUGGUAUUUCAAUAGAAGUCUCAACUUAGAUUAAUGCUUCAAUGCUUAAUUAAAUAAUUUAGUUAGAAUAGUACGGUUAUAUAGAUAUGGAGAUAUAUUUACUAUUUGUAUUAAUAUUGAAUUAUAUUAAAGUUAUUUGGAUUUGUCCUAGCAUUUACUCUAAUUAUUACUUUCAUAUAUUAUAUUCCUUGAUUGGGUGGGUUCUUAUCCAAAUUGACUACAAUUUUAAUGGCAAUAUUGAGUUUAAUGAUAUCUUUGCGUUGAACUCUAAGUAGGCAAAUAAAAGGAUUAAUUUAUUCAUUGAUGGCUAUAAUGUCAGGAGUUGUAUGCUUCCGAUUUAUAUUGAGCAAUUGAUUUAUCAAUAAAAUUAUAAUAUAAUUAUAAUAAUUAGUUAACUCAGAUAUAAAAACCUUAAUUACCCAAUUUAAAUAAUUCUUUUGAAUUUAAAUAACAAAUUUCUACAAGGAAGAAGUUUGAAUAAAUUUCGAAUAGUCUUGUAAAUAAUUUUGAAGACUGAAUUAAAUCAAAAAUGAUGAAAAACUUGGUAAAUUUUAUAUGAAAUCUAGAUUUAAAAAACCAUAUUUAUAUAGAGUACAUCUUGAUAAUGUUUUAUUUGAUCAUUAAUUUAAAUAUCUUAAGAGAUUAAAUAUUUUAAUUUAUGAGUGCUGAUUCGGAGGAACAGAAUAGGUAAAUUAAGAUGUAGAUGAUAUUGAAGGGAUGUUUCAAAUGACCCAAAACCUGGCAAUAAGAAAGCACAAGAAUAUGCAGAGGAUUGGGGGUAUUAAGGGAACCCAUCACCACGAUUUACACCUAUGCCCUAUCCAUAAGUAUUUCCUUCCAUAUGUCCUCCUCCUUUUGAAUUAGAGAAACAAGGUAUGAGGAUAAUAUGCUAUAAAAGUCUAUCAUGAUUAUGAUCCAUAGAAAUAUCCCCAAAUGAACAGCGAUAGGAAAGGGCAAAGUAGAUAUGCUUAUCCAUAGCAUUGUUUAGGUGAAGUUCCGCAAAUGGAUCACAUUGACGAUGAUCCACAUCGUAUUCCUGUGCCUUAUCCUUUCGGCUAUUAUCCACCUAUGAAAUACCCGCCACAACCAAUGUUUAUGAAAUAUCCACCACCCUCACAUCAAGGUUAGCCAUAUAUGGUUCCACCAAAUCCAUGGUAUCCUCCAAGACCAUAAUAAUAAUUAAUGCCUCCUUUUUGUUACUAUCCGUAAUCUCAAUAUGAUGGAACAUAAUGUUAAAAUACUGUUUCCAAAGAACUCUAAUCUAAAGUGUUUUAGUUGGUUUAAUAUUAAAAAGUUUCAGAUUUCUAAUGUAAUUGUAAAAAAAGCAAAUGUCUGAAACUCUAUUGUGAAUGCUUUGCUAAUAACUGGGUAUUAAAAUUCUUAACUAUUAUUAUAAAAGGUAUGUUCUCAAAGUUGCAAUNUAGGCAAAUAAAAGGAUUAAUUUAUUCAUUGAUGGCUAUAAUGUCAGGAGUUGUAUGCUUCCGAUUUAUAUUGAGCAAUUGAUUUAUCAAUAAAAUUAUAAUAUAAUUAUAAUAAUUAGUUAACUCAGAUAUAAAAACCUUAAUUACCCAAUUUAAAUAAUUCUUUUGAAUUUAAAUAACAAAUUUCUACAAGGAAGAAGUUUGAAUAAAUUUCGAAUA